CUCCACAAUAUGGCGGAUAAAGAUAACAUCUCCUUUCGCCGUUCACGAAAAUGAAUUAGGCGAGAGGAAUAAAAGAAGAGACCGGUGCAAUUCUUACCAGUUUGUGCCGAAGAAGAUUAGACGUAAGAGAUCAAAGAAGACAUCUGAUUUAAGUACUACAGUCACCACCUCGACUGGUCAAGAUGAUAAUUUUCGAAAAUCCUCAGCAGGCGUUGCAACCUAGACCAAUUUUAGAUGAUUUGCUGAUAUAAAGAAAACUGUUUUUUUCAUGAGUUGUGAUGAAUCACAGUGAAAGUGGAUGUUUUUGAUGAUGAAAUCAUAGCAGAUGGGGAAUUACAUUCUGCUUCAUUCACUGAUCCAUGCCUGUUACCUCAGAGUUUGUGUACAUGUUAGAGCUGUUGAAUGGCAAUGCUUUUACCGUCAUUGGCAGCAAGAUUUCUUUGUUCACUUUUCCCGAUUUUGAUACAGUUACAAAGAAAUUGCUUGAAGCCAAAUAUGUGAUUGUUGAAAGAGAACCCAGGGAUAACAUUUGGAUCUAUCAUUGCAAAUGUGUUGAAGGCACAAGGCAAACAGAUUAUUUGCAGUCACUGCCAUCAACAGUCACAGAAUAUAGUUUAACUGCCACUAGUUCUGUUUAUGAGAAUUGCAUCCAUAUUGAAGCCCCUGAAAAGUUGAUGGAAAGCUUUGACAGGGAAAACAAUGUCCCCCCUUCACUUGCUAGAGAUGCAUAUUCUCACGAUCAGACUUACCAAGAGGAACAUUAUGACUUAUUGCCUUUGAAUGGGAAUAAUUUUACCAUUUUUGUACAUGGAAAUAAACAGCAUGGAGUAGUUGGCCUCCAGGGUGCAGUUAUCACUUGCUUUAUCUGCGAUCACUAGCGUCGCAACUGUGAACAUGUAACAAAAGUAGCAGAAUCUGAGGAAACACAAAAUGCCUGAUUUUCUGGUCGAUUUCUUUGCUGAGAGAAAAACUCGAGAGUCUACUGAAUCAGUUGCAGCAGCCACCACUCGCUUACAACCUCUCCCGUUAUCCUCACCGGGACACCUUCAACAGUCAGGCAGCAGAACAAGCCAAUUCAUACUUGAAGUCUCUCAAAGGAUCCUUGUCAUACAAGAACGAAAAGAACUUCAUGACUCAUAGUAAAUUUUUCAUUUGGUAUCGAAAUUCGCUGGGGCGUAAGCAGCUCGAGUCCCAAAGGUGUAGCAAUGUAAUUUGCGGUGAGUCUUAUCGCUAAAUUUUAGGAACUUUUCUAUUAAAAAAGAAACAACAACUUUGAGUUUAACUUUACAAGACAUGUUUCGACAUUCUCAUGUCAUCUUCAGUUGCA